CCCCGCGCUUCCGCCCCGCCGCCCUCGGGCCCGACAGGCCCCUGGGACGGGACAGAGCCCCUGGGACGGGACAGAGCCCUCGGGCCGGGACUUUGGUGGCCAGGACAGCGCAGGCAGCGGAGCCAUGAGCCCGACAGAAAAUACAAAGGAUAUCCUUGUGAUAUAUGAACAAGAAGCAGAAGAGUGGGCUCUGUAUUUAAAAUCUCUUUUUGGACUCAUAGUGAACAAAGAAGGAAUCUUACUCUGCGAUCUAGAGAAUUCAUCUUUCAAGCACCAGGAGCUACUCUGUUUACCCUCUUAUAAGUGUAAACUCCUGAUACUCUCAUGUGGACUUCUUAACUGCCUGAAUCAAAAGAGAAGUUAUUUUCUGGAACAAGUUCUAAAACCUCCGGAUAAUGUGGUAAUUCUGCUUUGUGGAGUGGAGAAUUCAGAGAUUCUUUAUGAGAUACUGACCUUAGCUGGUGGCAGCAAAGAGAUUUCUACUGAUCAGAAACCUGAGGAAUAUAUUUCUGUUGUUAAAGAAAUUAUUCAACCAGAUAAACCAUGGGAUGAAAAUCCUGGAGACCCUGUGUCUUACAUCUAUGAACCAGUUCUUGUAGAUGAUCACCAGACUAUCUCUGAUAUUAACUUGUCAGGUAUCACAGGAGCAUCAGAAGAAACAAACUUCACUUUUAAAACAGAGGCACUUUCUGAAAGAUUAGAAAGUAACAAGCAGUCAAUAUUGGUGCUUCCGAGAAGAGUAUCAUGUGAGAACCCUGGUGAAAUAUUCAUUCUCUUGAAAGAGGAAAUAGAUGAAGAAACUCUAGAAAUUGAAUUCAUAACAGAUAAUCAACGAAUUAGAACACAGACAGCCUCUUGGAACCAGAAUGUCAAAUAUGUGAAAGCCCUAAAUUUUCCUGCUGGCCCUGUAUAUGUAAAUGUCUACUCUGGGGGAGUCAUUAAGACGACAGCACAGAUUGAAUACUAUACUGCACUAGAGGAAAUUGAACCCAUUUUAAAGAAAGUGGCCGACCCAAUAGCUUUCACUUGUCAGGCAUUGAAAUUUUCUUCUGUAGAGAAGGUAGACGAUGUUCUGACUUCAUUACUGAAAAGCAAAAUAUCUGCUUAUGAAUUCAGCCCAUUCCAAAGUGAAGAAGAGCACCAUCACCAAGCUAAUAGCCAUUUGGAAGAAUUUCCUACCCUGCUUCACUGUGCAGCCAGAUUUGGUUUGAAGAAGCUUGCAACAUGUCUACUCUGCUGCCCUGAGGCCACACAGGCUUGCAAAAUAACCAAUAAAUAUGGAGAUGAUCCAGAAAGUAUUGCGAAGAAGCAUGGGCACAAGGAAUUAAGAAAAUUAAUCAAAGAAUUGUCAAAUUGUGCAGCAAGUGAUUUCACUAAUUGCAAGGAGGAAGUGGAACACAGCAACACUUUUGAUCUUAUGUUAGGCUCAGAAACUCCACCAGCCGUGGCCAAGCAGAACUCAAGAGAUCAAUAUGCAGUUGGAUCGAAACGCCAACAAGAAGUCAAGGUGGAUGAGGAAAAGAAGAAUGACCUAAAAGACAGCAGAGAGGAGACAGAAUAUGAAAAUGAAGAGGAGGAGGAUUCAUACAGCAUUCACAACAGUCCUGGCAGUUUGUAUGCCAAUGUAGGGGAUGAGCUCAAAGAGAGCAGGAGAGAUUGCUUUUUCUGCAAGAGGCCACCCCCUCCUCCCCCUCGAAAUCUGCCUGGCAUCCAAAGACGGGACAAUCUGCAUAAUUCGUUACAAGCACAAUUCCUUCCUUUUUCAGAGAGGAAUUUUGUGAUGGACAGGAGUAAAAGAGAACAGGGUGAUGGACUCAUAACUGCAUGCUGCAGAGAAGACCAAGGUACCUGCGAGGAGGACAGCGAGGAGGAGCACCCCUACACUUGUGUGGCACUGGAUGAAUGUGUGUACGACCUCAUCCUGGGGCAGGAGGAGCAGCAGGAGGAGAAAAGGAAGCACUGCAGGUCCUUUAUCAUGAACAGGCCUCCAGCCCCUGCACCUCGGCCCGUGUGUUCACUGCUCAGAGAGGACAACACUCCCUACAUAGUUCAAGUGUUUCAGCAAAAGGCCUGUCGAGCGACCAGUGACACCAGCAGAACAUACUGCGAGGCCAAGAAUCCUGAAGCGCACAGAAGCCACACUGAGACAGUAACUUACAGCACUGUUGUACACAAGAUCCCUCCUGAACAGGAAGAACUCAUCCACUUGCAGGAACAGGUGAAAAAAGGGGCAAUUUCUGUGGAUGAAGCCCUUGACAGAUUUAAAGAGUGGCAGAACAAAAAGCAGAGACUGCCAUCCACUCAACAGGAAAAAGUACAUCACCUUAGAGACACCACUGUCAGAAACAGACAAGAAAAUGAAAACCUGAAUGUCUACACCUAGGAGCCCAAGAGACAAGGAACAGAUGCCUAAUUACCCAAGGUAGCAUUUCUCAGCAUUACCUGCAGGGUGGCUCUCCAGCCAGCUGCACAUCAGUUUCCUCUGCUUGGCAUCCCACACAUGUUCCAGCUGUGCCUUGGCAGCCUCAGGCUCCAGCCCAUCCUGCUGUGACACUGCCACGGGAUUAUUGCUGCACUUCCAGUGCCUUGGAUUCUGUCACCAGGACCAGCUCUGGAAGAAGACCAGUAUCACUAAAGCAAAUUAAUAAUGUUUCCUGUAAAGUCAUUACCGAGUUUUACACUCUUUCUUUACUUUUUCCAAGAUGACAGCUGACAAUUUAUAUGAAGAUGUAUUGCCUGCUUUGGUUAAUAAUUUUUCAAGUCAUUUCAGUUUUUCCAUUGUGCUUGAUAAGUUGUUUAAAAGUAGAUUUUAUGCACAAAAGAAGAUUAUGAAGUGAAAAGUUCAUAGUAAAAGGUUAUGAAGAUUAUUAAGUGAAAGUAAAUAAAAUUUAGCCUUUACUUUUUGUUGAAACAUUUUUAUAUUCACUCUGUAUAAAAAAUCAUCUGUAUAAAAAUGGUCCGAGGAAUAAUUGUAUUUCAUCACCAGUUUAAGUAAUUGCAGUCACAUUAAAGCUGAUUUUUUAAGCCAAACUGUGUAAACAAGUACUAAUUAUCUACUAAUGCAUUAAAGUGAUUCUGAGAAUUUGGUUUACAAGGAAAUUGUGUUUUGUUUAGUAAGUUGACUAAGGUAAAUUAUAACCAGAACUAAACCAAAUUACUUUCUACUGUA